CAGUGAGAGCAGUCCGCUGCUGGAUCAAGUGCCGUGAGAUAAAGUAACAGCCUUGAAACCCAACCGGCCCAAAGCAAGCUUGGUUUCCGUCCCCGGACAUUGUGUGCGUGUCUACGCGGAGUCGUAAUUUGCGAGGCAGUGAAGAAACCAUUCAAUACCUGGAAGAGCCAGCUCUGGGAAAGCUUACCAGUACAUCAAGCGCUGGGAAGAUUGACAGGAUGCCCAGCCACUUGGCCAUUUCCUGGUGAAUGGAUUAGAGGCGAGCCUUGACCAUGCGUUGCCUGGCCGCUCGAGUGAACUACAAGACCCUUAUUGUCAUCUGUGCCCUCUUCACCCUCAUCACUGUGCUACUGUGGAACCGCUGUUCGAGUGACACAUCCCUUCAUUUUUUACCCCGUGCUCCCCCAGUUGCUCCCAGCCCCAAGGUAGGGGAUGCUAGCAUCAGCAGCCAGCAACAGCCUCCACAACCCCCAGAGCCCCCGCCUGUUGUUGGUGGGAUCAAGUAUGAGGAAAUUGACUGCCUGAUCAAUGACGACGUGACUAUCAAGGGGCGGCGGGAAGGCAGUGACAUCUACCUGCCCUUCAGCUGGAUGGAAAAAUACUUUGAGGUGUAUGGAAAGAUGGUGCAGUAUGACGGCUAUGAUCGUUUUGAGUUCCAGCACAGUUACUCCAAGGUGUACGCUCAGCGUGAGCCCUACCACCCCAAUGGUGUUUUCAUGUCCUUUGAGGGGUACAAUGUGGAGGUGCGUGACCGUGUGAAGUGUAUCAGUGGAGUGGAAGGUGUGCCCCUGUCCACCCAGUGGGGACCACAAGGUUAUUUCUAUGCCAUUCAGAUUGCACAGUAUGGUCUGAGCCAUUAUAGUAAGAACCUGACAGAGCGCCCACCCCAUGUGGAGGUCUACGACACAGCUGAGGAAAGGGACAGCCGUGCCAGCACAGCACCUUGGAGUGUCCCCAAAGGCUGCAGCCUCAGCAGAGUCUAUGACAAAUCCAGAGCCACCUCUGUACGCCAGUUUAAUGCCCCAGAGAGCUCCGAGGGUGUCUCUCUUCCAUUGUCCAACUCCAAGGACUUCAUUCUCAGCUUGGACCUCAAGUUCACCUCUAACGGCAGCGUGUCUGUGAUCCUAGAGACCACAGAGAAAGGCCCCCCUUUCGUCAUCCAUUAUGUCACCAGUAAACAACUAAUUUCUUUUAAAGACCAUGACAUCACGUACGGCAUCGGACCACGUGCUGUCUGGAGCACGCUGACCCGUGACCUCCUCACCGACCUCAGGAAGGGUGUGGGCCUGUCCAACACCAAGGCUGUCAAGGCUACAAAGAUUAUGCCGAGACGGGUUGUGCGUCUGGUACUGUUCGGACGUGGCUUUGUCGAUAAUGUCACCAUCUCCACCACUGCACACAUGGCCGCCUUCUUCGCCGCUAGCAACUGGCUACUGCGGAACCAGGAUGAGCACGGUGGCUGGCCCAUCAUGGUCACUCGUAAACUUGGUGAAGGUUUCCGGCCAUUGGAGCCCGGUUGGUACUCAGCCAUGGCCCAGGGCCAAGCCAUGUCUACCUUGGUGAGGGCCUACCUCCUCACCAAAGACCAGGCUUACCUGAACGCUGCCCUCAAGGCAACAGGACCCUACAAGAUGCCUUCAGCACAGCACGGGGUCAAAGCUGUGUUCAUGAACAAGUACGACUGGUACGAGGAAUACCCGACCACACCUAGCUCCUUUGUCCUCAAUGGCUUCAUCUAUUCCCUGCUGGGACUUUAUGACCUGACUGAGACAGCCAGUGAGAAACUUGGCAGGGAGGCCAAACAGCUGUUCAACCGUGGCAUGGAGUCACUCAAGGCCAUGCUGCCACUCUAUGACACAGGUUCUGGGAGCAUCUAUGACCUGCGCCAUUACAUGUUAGGCACAGCCCCCAACCUCGCACGCUGGGACUACCACACAACACAUAUUAACCAGCUACAGCUGCUGGCAUCCAUAGACAAUGCUCCCAUCUUCAAGGAUGUGGUCAAACGCUGGAAGAGCUACCUGAAAGGGGGUCGUGCCAAGCACAACUAG